AUGCAAUUACAACUAGUAAAUGGCCCUAAUCCAUGUGCUGGCAGAGUGGAGAUCUAUCGUAACAAUGAAUGGGGCACAGUGUGUGAUAAUGGCUGGGGAAUGGAGGAAGCUGCUGUUGUCUGUAGAGAACUAGGAUGUGGAGAUGCUAUUUCAGCACCAGGGACAGCUCACUAUGGAGAAGGAACUGGACCAAUAAUGCUGGAUGAUGUGUCCUGUGAGGGAUCUGAGUAUUCGUUGACACAAUGCCCAUCCAGGAGAUGGAAGGUACUUAACUGUGACCAUGGAAAAGAUGCUGGAGUUCAGUGCUCAGGUACUCUCUCCAAGUUGGAACUACGGUUAGUAAAUGGCUCUAAUUCGUGUGCUGGCAGAGUGGAGAUCUAUCAUGACAAUGAAUGGGGCACAGUGUGUGAUGAUAACUGGGGAAUGGAUGAAGCUACUGUGGUCUGUAAACAGAUAGGAUGUGGAGAUGCUGUUUCAGCUCCAGGAAAUGCUUAUUAUGGAAAAGGAACUGGACCAAUAAUGCUGGAUGAAGUCACCUGCCUGGGAUUUCCUUUUCCACUGAAGUACUGCUAUUCCAGGGGAUGGAAGGUGCAUGACUGCAGCCAUGGUGAAGAUGCUGGAGUUAAGUGCAAAGUUGAGGAUACAUCAUUGCCGAACGCUGUAACACUAUUAAAUGGUCCUAAUCCAUGUGCUGGGAGAGUUGAGGUCUAUCGUAACAAUGAAUGGCACACAGUAUGUGAUGACGGUUGGGGAAUGGAGAAUGCUGCAGUUGUCUGUAGAGAACUAGGAUGUGGAGCUGCUGUUUCAGCACCAGCAAAGGCUCUCUAUGGAGAGGGAACUGGAAAGAUAAUGCUGGAUGAUAUAAAAUGUGUGGGAUCUGAAUCUUCACUGGAACAGUGCCCAUCCAGAGGAAGGGAUGUAUAUAAGUGUGACCACAGUAAAGAUGCCGGAGUUGAGUGCAGAGAAGUACGACUAGUAAAUGGCCCUCAUCCAUGUGCUGGAAGACUUGAGCUCUAUCAUGACAAUAAAUGGGCCACAGUGUGUGAUUAUAACUGGGGAAUGGAGGAAGCUGCUGUUGUCUGUAGAGAACUAGGAUGUCGUGAUCCUGUUUCAGCACCAGGGACAGCUCACUAUGGACAAGGAACUGGACCAAUAAUGCUGGAUUAUGUGAACUGUACAGGAUCUGAGUCCUCACUGAAACAGUGCACAUUCAGUCCAUGGAAAGUGCAUAACUGUGACCAUAGUAAGGAUGCUGGAGUUCAGUGCAGCGCAAUUAAUGAUGAUUUGAGCAACUUAAGACUAGUAAAUGGCCCUCAUGCAUGUGCUGGCAGAGUGGAGAUCUACUAUUACAAUGAAUGGGGCAAAGUGUGUGAUGAUGGCUGGGGAAUGGAGGAAGCUGAAGUUGUCUGCAAAGAACUUGGAUGUGGACUUGCUGUUUCAGCACCAGGGGCAUCCCACUAUGGACAAGGAAUGGGACCAUUUAUUCUGGAUGAUGUGAACUGUACAGGAACUGAGAAUUUACUGAAACAAUGCUCAUCCAGGGCAUGGACGAUGCAUGACUGUUCGUAUGCUGAAGUUGCUGGAGUGCAGUGCACAGGUACUUCUAUAAUCAACCCAGGACCUUAAUUACGACUAAUAAAUGGCCCUAAUCAAUGUGCUGGGAGAGUGGAGAUCUAUCAUGACAAUGAGUGGGGCACAGUAUGUGAUGAUAACUGGGGAAUGGAGGAAGCUGAAGUCAUCUGUAGACAUCUAGGAUGCGGAGAUGCUAUUUCAGCACCAGGGACAGCUCACUAUGGACAAGGAACUGGACCAAUAAUGCUGGAUGAUAUAAACUGUGAAGGAUAUGAGUCGUCACUGAAAAAGUGUUCAUCAAGGGGAUGGAAGGUGCAUAACUGUGACCAUAGUAAGGAUGCUGGAGUUCAGUGUAGAGGCAUCUCUAGACCCUUGGAGCUCCGACUGGUAAAUGGCACUGAUUCAUGUUCAGGUAGAGUGGAAAUCUAUCAUGACAAUGAAUGGGGAACAGUGUGUAAUAAUGCUUGGGGAAUGGAGGAAGCUGAAGUUGUCUGCAGAUAUCUAAGAUGUGGUGAUCCUGUUUCAACACCAGGAACAUCUGUCUAUGGACAAGGAACUGGACCAAUAAUGCUGGAUGAUGUGAAAUGUGUGGGAUCUGAAUCUUCACUGAAACAUUGCCUAUUAAAGGACUGGAAAAUCCAUGACUGUGACCAUAGUAAAGAUGCUGGAGUGAAAUGUGGAGGUGAGGCCCAUAGCUGCCCAUUACGACUAGUAAAUGGCCCUCAUCCAUGUGCUGGAAGACUUGAGCUCUAUCAUGACAAUAAAUGGGCCACAGUGUGUGAUUAUAACUGGGGAAUGGAGGAAGCUGCAGUUGUCUGUAGAGAACUAGGAUGUCGUGAUCCUGUUUCAGCACCAGGGACAGCUCACUAUGGACAAGGAACUGGACCAAUAAUGCUGGAUUAUGUGAACUGUACAGGAUCUGAGUCCUCACUGAAACAGUGCACAUUCAGUCCAUGGAAAGUGCAUAACUGUGACCAUAGUAAGGAUGCCGGAGUUCAGUGCAGCGGAAGAGCUAAGAACAUAUAA